UAGGGACCCAAAGGGAGGGCUUGGGCCCCUCGGGCUUCAGGCAGACUGAUCCCAGUGCCCAAGUGGGCCCUUGUAGAUGUGGUGGCCAUGCUUGUGUCGUCACUCAGGGGCACCAGGCCGCCAGCCUGCCUCCCCUUCCUGCCUUGCCAGGUGGGACUCAACCACACAGGCAGGCGCGGGGCUGGGAACGGGGGGAGGCUGCACCCUGAAAAUGCAGAUCUUCCCCCAGAGAUACCCCCAUUUCCGGGUGUUCCAGCCUUCCCAGGCCACCCCCGGCCCCAUCUGGGUCCUUUGGAGAAACAGAUUGUGCCGGCUCUCUCCCUCCCGCCAUCGGCAGAGCUCCUGGGCUCCACCAAGAAGAUCAAUGUCAACUUCCAGGACCCAGAUGGCUUCUCGGCCCUGCACCACGCGGCCCUGAACGGCAACACAGAAUUGAUCACCCUGCUGCUGGAGGCCCAGGCUGCUGUGGACAUCAAGGACAACAAAGGCAUGCGGCCACUGCACUAUGCGGCCUGGCAGGGCCGGAAGGAGCCCAUGAAGCUGGUGCUGAAGGCGGGCUCGGCGGUGAACAUCCCGUCUGACGAGGGCCACAUCCCUCUGCACCUGGCAGCCCAGCACGGUCACUAUGAUGUGUCCGAAAUGCUGCUACAGCACCAGUCCAAUCCGUGCAUGGUGGACAACUCGGGGAAGACGCCCCUGGACCUGGCUUGUGAGUUCGGCCGCGUCGGGGUGGUCCAGCUGCUUCUGAACAGCAACAUGUGCGCGGCCUUGCUGGAGCCCCGGCCGGGGGAUACGACCGACCCCAACGGCACCAGCCCCCUGCACCUGGCAGCCAAGAACGGCCACAUUGACAUCAUCAGACUCCUCCUCCAAGCCGGCAUCGACAUAAACCGCCAGACCAAGUCUGGCACGGCCCUGCAUGAGGCCGCACUCUGCGGGAAGACGGAAGUGGUCCGGCUGCUGCUGGAUAAUGGGAUUAAUGCCCACGUGAGGAACACCUACAGCCAGACGGCCCUGGACAUUGUGCACCAGUUCACCACAUCCCAAGCCAGCAAGGAGAUCAAACAACUGCUUCGAGAGGCCUCGGCGGCCCUGCAGGUCCGGGCGACCAAGGAUUACUGCAACAAUUACGACCUGACCAGCCUCAACGUGAAAGCUGGGGACAUCAUCACGGUCCUAGAGCAGCAUCCCGAUGGCCGGUGGAAGGGCUGUAUCCAUGACAACCGGACAGGCAACGACCGGGUGGGCUACUUCCCGUCGUCCCUGGGCGAGGCCAUCGUGAAGCGAGCAGGUUCUCGGGCAGGUACUGAACCAAGCCCAUCCCAGGCAGGCAGCUCACCGGGGCCCUCUGCGCCCCCCGAGGAGAUCUGGGUGCUGAGGAAGCCUUUUGCAGGUGGGGACCGCAGCGGCAGCCUGGGCGGCGUGGCUGGUGGACGAAGCAGUGGGGGCCACACCCUGCAUGCGGGGUCCGAAGGGGUCAAGCUCCUGGCGACGGUCCUGUCGCAGAAGUCGGUCUCUGAGUCCAGCCCUGGGGAUGGCCCCGCCAAGCCUCCAGAGGGCUCCACAGGUGCAGCCCGGUCCCAGCUCCCAGCGGCCCACGCAGGGCAGGUGUAUGGGGAGCAGCCACCCAGGAAGCUGGAGCCAGCCUCGGAGGGCAAGAGCGCCGAGGCUGUCGGCCAGUGGCUCGCCACGUUCCAGCUGCAACUCUAUGCCCCCAAUUUCAUCAGCGCUGGCUACGACCUGCCCACCAUCAGCCGCAUGACCCCGGAGGACCUCACGGCCAUCGGGGUCACCAAGCCAGGCCACCGGAAGAAGAUCACCGCAGAGAUCAGCGGCUUGAGCAUUCCCGACUGGCUGCCUGAGCACAAACCCGCGAACCUGGCUGUGUGGCUGUCCAUGAUCGGCCUGGCCCAGUACUACAAAGUGCUGGUGGACAACGGCUACGAGAACAUCGACUUCAUUACCGACAUCACCUGGGAAGACCUACAGGAGAUCGGCAUCACUAAGCUGGGUGAGGCCCCCUGGUCCCGGGCUCCUCCGCCUUCUGGUCCCUGCCGCCCUCCCUGGCCUGACCUGCCCGUGCCCUACCCAGGCCACCAGAAGAAGCUGAUGCUGGCAGUGAGGAAACUGGCGGAGCUGCAGAAGGCAGAGUACGCCAAGUUCGAGGGGGGACCCCUGCGCCGGAAGGCCCCGCAGUCGCUCGAGGUGAUGGCCAUUGAGUCACCUCCCCCGCCCGAGCCUGCCCCGGCUGACUGCCAGUCUCCCAAGAUGACCACCUUCCAGGACAGCGAGCUCAGUGGUGAGCUGCAGGCUGCCAUGACUGGCCCGGCCGAGGGGGGCGCCGCCGCUGCCGCAGCCACCACCGCCACCACUGCCGAGAAGCCCUCCAACCACCUGCCCCCGACGCCGAGGGCCUCCGUGCGGCAGGAGCCCAGCUUGGGUGGACAGGCGCGGCACAUGAGCAGCUCUCAGGAGCUCCUGGGGGACGGGCCCCCUGGGCCCGGCAGCCCCAUGUCACGAAGCCAGGAGUACCUGCUGGACGAAGGGCCAGCCCCUGGCACCCCACCCAAGGAGACCCGGCCCAGCCGCCACGGCCACAGCGUCAAGCGGGCCAGCGUGCCUCCGGUGCCCGGCAAGCCGCGGCAGGUCCUUCCGCCAGGUGCCAGCCACUUCACACCUCCCCAAACGCCCACGAAAGCCCAGCCGGGCUCCCCUCAAGCCCUGGGGGCGCCUCACGGUCCAGCCCCAGCCACAGCCAAGGUGAAGCCCACCCCGCAGCUGCUGCCACCAACAGAACGACCCAUGUCACCCCGUUCGCUGCCUCAGUCACCCACACACCGUGGCUUCGCCUACGUGCUGCCCCAGCCUGUGGAGAGCGACGCAGGGCCAGCCGCUCCCGGGCCCGUGCCCGCGCCCGCGGCCGCCCCCCCGCCCGUGCCCACACUGUGCCUGCCUCCGGAGGCUGACGCGGAGCCAGGGCGGCCCAAGAAGCGUGCCCACAGCCUGAAUCGCUAUGCGGCAUCCGACAGCGAGCCAGAGCGGGACGAGCUGCUGGUGCCAGCCGCCGCAGGGCCCUACGCCACCGUCCAGCGGCGCGUGGGCCGUAGCCACUCGGUGCGAGCGCCCGCCGGAACCGACAAGAACGUCAACCGCAGCCAGUCCUUCGCGGUGCGGCCCCGAAAGAAGGGGCCGCCCCCGCCCCCGCCCAAGCGCUCCAGCUCAGCCAUGGCCAGCGCCAACCUGGCAGAUGAGUCGGCGCCAGAUGCUGAGACGGAAGGGGCUGGGACCGAGGAUGGCCGGCUGGGGGUCCGGGCACAGCGCCGGCGGGCCAGCGACCUGGCUGGCAGCGUGGACACAGGCAGCGCCGGCAGCGUGAAGAGCAUCGCAGCCAUGCUAGAGCUGUCAUCCAUUGGGGGUGGGGGCCGAGCAGCCCGCAGGCCCCCCGAGGGCCACCCCACGCCCCGCCCCGCCAGCCCGGAGCCAGGCCGGGUGGCCACGGUGCUGGCCUCGGUGAAGCACAAGGAAGCCAUUGGGCCUGACGGUGAGGUGGUGAACAGGCGCCGCACCCUCAGCGGGCCUGUCACGGGACUCCUGGCCACCGCCCGCAGGGCGCCUGGGGAGUCAGGGGGGCCUGCAGACCACGGCCACUUUGUGGAGGAUGGGAGCACCCGGCAGCGGUCUCGAGGUCCAGCCAAGGGAGAGGCGAGUGGGGAGGGCCCGCCCCUGGCCAGAGUGGAGGCCAGUGCCACGCUCAAGAGGCGCAUCCGAGCCAAGCAGAGCCAGCAGGAGAGUGUCAAGUUCAUCCUGACGGAGUCUGACACGGUCAAGCGCCGGCCCAAGGCCAAGGAGCGGGAAGCAGGUCCUGAGCCGCCGCCGCCACUGUCUGUGUACCAGAAUGGCACGGGCACCGUGCGCCGCAGGCCGACCUCUGAGCAGACUGGGCCCCCGGAGCUGCCCCCGCCGCCCCCACCUGCAGAACCCCCGCCCUCCGACCUGAUGCACCUUCCCCCGCUGCCCCCGCCUGACACUGAUUCCCGGAAGCCAGCCAAGCCGCCUGUCUCUCCCAAGCCCAUGCUGGCUCAGCCCGUUCCCAAGAUCCAGGGCUCACCCACACCUGCCUCCAAGAAGGUGCCGCUGCCAGGUCCUGGCAGCCCAGAGGUGAAGCGCGCCCACGGCACGCCGCCGCCCGUGUCUCCCAAGCCGCCGCCGCCGCCCACGGCGCCCAAGCCGGCCAAGGCCGCGGCGGGGCUGCAGUCGGGCAGUGCCACCCCGUCGCCCGCGCCCUCGCCGGCUCGCCAGCCACCCGCCGCCCUCGCUAAGCCGGCCAGCACGCCGCCCUCGCUGAGCGCCAGCCCCGCCAAGCCCCCGUCCCCCGGCGCGUCCGCGCUGCACGUGCCCGCCAAGCCGCCGCGCGCCGCCGCCGCCGCCACCACCGCCACCGCCGGGCCCCCCGCCGCGCCCGACGGCGCCUCGCCGGGAGACAGCGCCCGGCAGAAGCUGGAGGAGACGAGCGCGUGCCUGGCGGCCGCGCUGCAAGCCGUAGAGGAGAAGAUCCGGCAGGAGGACGCGCAGGGCGCGCGCCCCUCGUCCGCGGAGGAGAAGAGCACCGGCAGCAUACUGGACGACAUCGGCAGCAUGUUCGACGACCUGGCCGACCAGCUGGACGCCAUGCUGGAGUGACGCGGCUGCUCACGUCGGGCCCGCCCGCGCCGCCCGGGGCCCCGGCCCGCACA